UAAUCCAUGGACACCAGUGAGGAUCCCAAAUCAUUGCCUCCGAGGCACGUUUACGUUGGGAGUGGGGUCAUCUGGACCCCACAGCACAAGGGUUACAACAUUGGGUUUUAGAAGGACAAUAAUGAAUAAUUAUCUUGCCUUUUCAAAAAUGAUCAAAAUACCCCUUAGCUUUAUUUUGUGCCCAUAUGUGCACAUGCUUUGGACAUCCAAAUAUGAACUCCCUCCUCUGUUAUGUAAUAUAUUUAACUUCCAGAGCUCUAUUCAGAAAAAUUCCUGGCACUCACUGAGUCUAGGAAGCAACUGCUAUCUUCUGAGCAGUGAAAAGAAAACGGCAGGUGCUCAGGGUUUCGGGUGAUGGAUGGCUCUCAUGUUUCUUACUCUCACUGUAUGGCGCAGAGGGGCGAGCUAUAGAGACACCGGCACAAGUUUAGAGUUUCCUGUUUCCACAAGCAUGCAGCCUGCACCAGCAUGGCGGGAGCUGCCGUCAGGUCCGAUGCUUCCAUCAACUUUUUGUCGUUUUAACGCUGCGUUGUUUAAGACAAAGUUGAUGGAAACGAUCAUCCUGCGGUUAAGAUGUGUCUACCGAGCCCCAGUAGUUUAAACAAAAUGCUGCCAUGACCCUCAGCGACUACCCCCAACCCCUUUUUGUAACAGCAUACGGUUUAUCAUGCUGACACACCUCACAUUUGUCUAGGGGGGCAAGCUACAAACGUUUUCAGAGUAGGAGGCUACUGAAGAGAAAGUAGGAGGGUACCCCCCCCAAGUGCCAAAUAUUUGGAAAACUAGGGCCCUUUAUAUGCAUUUUCUAACUGUAAACUCAUAUUAAAGCAUGCUGAGAAAUCAAGGACCAACCUACUAGAGGGUGGGCAUCUUGACAGAAAAUGCACUUUUUAUUUACUUUUUUUAUGACUUCAGGUGAUUCAAUUUUAUACCAAGUCAUAACAAAACAGACUGAAAACAUGAUCUGGAUUCUUGCCUUUAUGGCAUUGAAAGUGAAGAUGCAAGCAUCUAUAGAGGCAGUCUGACACGGUCUCACUAGGGGCUUUUUUUCAGCGUAAGACCAGUGCUGUAUGUUGUGUUCUCGGAUCCCGUGUGCUUGUUUACAUUGUGUGAGCACAGUAGAAGAAGAGCAUUCAAGAAACUCACCAAAAAGAGCGCUAAUAAACAUGGCUAAUUUAGUGCAAACAUCUAUGCCUCCUAACUUUUAUUCCCCUAAAUGCUCGUGAGUUGCGAGUGAAUUUCGGACCCUGCAUACAUGGAUUAUCUGCUGCAUUAUCAAAAAGUAGCUGGCGACUACUGCACUCACAGGGGGCCAAUUUUCAGCGGAUGCCGGCUACUUUUGAGGCCCCUGAUGUAGAGAAAUCACCCCAAAAAGUUACCAUAAAGUAAUACAGUUGAUUAAAGUUUAGAAAACUUAAAAUGAUUAAUGAUUGUUUUAUAUUUUUGCUGUCUUUUGAGAUACUGUUCACUGACAGUGUUCAUUAAGCACCACAGUCAAAGGGAGAUAGAAAACCUUAAUGUCACCCAUUUGGCAGCAAAUAUAAAAACAAAUGUAUUCAAAAGAUUCCAAAAGGUUUAGGAUCUGUUCUUAUUUUAAUCUCAGUAAGUCAGAGAGUGUGAAAAACUUUUUGGGGAGUUGGUGACAGGUUCAGGACGAAGUCAAAAUUUCCCCUUUUAGUCUGGAGACAGGCACUGACUGGCCCAGCAGUGACACUUCCUGUUCUCAUUGGAACUGUGAGCACAUUUUUCUUCAGAUUUUGGUAGGAGUUUGUGCAAAAUGUGUUCCCAAUUAACAAAAUGUACAUAAAAUAUCAACCGUCUUUUGUAAAUUUAAAAGAAAUUGGCUUUAUAUUGAUUUAUUUUCCUACCACAAACUGGAUGCAACAAGAGACAACUAAUUGUUAACACUUUUUUGCAAGACAAAUCUUGCAUAUAGAUUUUUUUUCAGCUAUUUCUACUGAGACCUUCCUAAGAUUGAUGAAUUACUAAAAUCAAUGCUCCAAUUGGUUCAGAAAUGAUCAUUUAGAUUUCUACAGGCAACAUGCAAAAAUAUAAAUAUUUUGUAUCAAACAUUUCUUUAGCUUUCAGCCUCAAAUUAUUCCAGUUUAAGGAAGCCAAAGAAAAGGUGAAUUCAGAAACGACCACCAUUCACUGAAGUCGAUUUAUUUCUUGUAAGUCUGAAAUUUGAUCAGUGAUUCCUGUUAAUCUGGUUUCGCCAGCAGCCGCCAUCGCCCUGCUGCUUCAUACCUUCAUUAUAAACCUUUUUACUUUUCAGUUGUCUAUGAUGACUGGGGAAUGUAGGGCUUCUCCAUUCUGUGUGAGCUCUUACAGCUGAUGGGAAACAAGAGAGACAAAGAGAAAGAGGAGGAAGAGGGGAGGAUGAAUGUGAUCUGAUAUCCUUUGACAGGUGGUAUUUGGAACUGAAAGACUGCAGGCUUUAUUGCAUUCAUCGUGGAUUGAGAGGAAUAUAGGGAAAUCCUGUUUGCUUCAUGUUUUCCACACAUUAACUUCAGUUGUACAGUCUCUCUGCUAAUCAGACAGGAUUUGUUUUUGACACGUAUCCAGUCUUCUUUACAGUUUGUAUACCGAAAAUAUGUGACAACAAAAAUUUGUUGUAAAGAUCAGUCAAAUGAAGUCUGAAGUCUGAAAUAGAUGCUUGCAAUAAGAAAAUUUGAAUGUGAUGUAAUGAUGAUCUAAAGGUUGUGUCUCAGUGGAUUUGUCUCUAGUUUAGCUGAAACGAAAAUAAGAACAUUUGAGCAGCAAAUCAAUUCUCAAAGUUGCUGGAAAUUUCUUUUAAAAUGUUUCAUCAAUGUAUUGUUUCCAAGUCAGAAAGUGUUAUAAAUGGAGGGCAAUUUUGUAAGAUGUUGAUGAUCAACAAAGGUACUUUGUAACAUAUGGGAGUCUAAAAUGAGAAUUGACCUUGUGUUUUAAUACUACCGGUACUCUAAAUGUAUGUGAACCCCUGGCAUAUUUUGCCAACUUUGUGUAAUAAUGUCCCUAAUUUCUCUACUUUUGUGCUUUUUUGCUUUCAGCCAGUUGCUAGUGGUCAAACCCACUGAGAUACAAUCCUGAGCUACUAUGAGAGAGAACGCAGCCCUCGCUCAUUGGAGUGAUAGCGUAUGUUUGUAGAGUACCAUGAGGGUAGGCUUCAUUCCCCGCUAAACCUGAACAGGAUGUUGGCAGUGUAGAAAUGGAUGGACGGAUGCUUGUGCAUGUGUGUUUUUACCAAACAAGGAUAGUGGUUUGAUUGAUUAUUGCUGGUCAGUUUGAGAGUCACUCUCAGUCUAUCUUGUUAGCAACACAUCUGCGACUUACCCAGAAACAACUCUCUUUUCAUCUGGAUCCAUCUACCAGUAGGAUGUUCCAAACUAAGGCAGUUUAUGGAUCUUAAAAAAGAGUGUCCCAUCCCGCCACCUGGAAUACACCCAUGAAGAUUGCACCUUUUGCUCUUUUGUCUUUUAAAGAAUAUUUGAGUCUUUUCCCUUCACCGAUGCUGAGGUGAAACAUGAAACACUGACUUGCUGAAAUUCAAGCUGUGUCCUUAACAUGGGCGCUUUAGGCCACAGUGUUUAAUCUGUCUGUGAUCUUCUAUUCUUCAUAGGGACUGAGGGAUUUUGUUUCAGUCAUCUGCCACAUCUGCUCCGAAACGCAUUGGAUUUAAACUCCCAUAUGCUCACAUUUGUGCCACUGUGCUUUACAUUAUGCUCAAGAUGAACACACUCACAUGUCAGUGUAUGUAAAUAAUAAAUGAAGACACUGUCCCACAUGGCCAAGAGGCAACUUGAGCCCUUUUAAUGAGGCCAAAGAUGGAAAACGGAUUUUUAUACAUUAAGUGUUGUUUCUUCGGCAGAUGGUACAAUUAUAAUUAACGAGAAUGAUCUGGGAUCUAAUGGGGUAGGAUUUGGAUCUAACAAAGAUUAGCUCUCACUGUGUCGCAUCUUCAACCCAUGAGCUGAAUGACUUUCACAUGGAUCCAAAGUGCACAAACCUAAAAUUAACAUCUUACUGUGGAAUCAACUCAUAUAGAGUUGUGAUAGUUUGGACCAUCCAUCGUGAAUAUCCUCAGUUGGACCUAAGCUGAACUAUCUACAGAUACCUUCCGGCCUUUGAUCAAGAAGUUCUAGAAGACUCCAACAGGGAAUAACAGGAAGGAGCGUCCAGUUGUUUCUGAGAAAAUGGAUCUGUGUUUGACGUUAGGAAUCCGCUUGGAAAAUCCCAAUUCAAACAACCUAAAAGGAAGUAUACCUGUUAUAAAAAGGUGGGACCCACUGCAAUCAGUACCGGUAAAUGGAUUCUCCUACUAGGACAAGGAUAAGAGUCCGUUAAACAUUCUGGUCCAGCUGGAACUGGAGCUCCGCUGAGGUGUGACAGGAAAUACACUGAGUGAGGCGGGGCUACGUGGGAAAAUGGAGCUAGCUAUCGUUCAACACAAUGAUAUGCUAGUGUGUUUGCACCAACAUGGAGCCUUCUGACAGGAAGCAGUGGAGCCAAGGAUCUGCCUGGGAGACAUGAAUGAUUUUGUGCUCAUCACUUGAUCAACAGGACAAUCUGCUGAAGUCAUGGUGUGUUACUUUCAGUUUCAAACUACUCCAGUGCUUGAGAGACUUUUUCGGUUUGGUUCUGUUGGUGCUGUGCUAAAGGUGGGCUAAAAAGCUGGCUGGUAGUACACAUCAGAAACAGUCUUGUGCAAAGUUAGUUCCAUCUGCAAUUCCUCAAACAAAAAUGAACCCAGAAAGAUAAAAAAAAAAAGAAAACAGGGUUGGAAUGGGAUUUUUAGAACUGCUCUGACUUAACAGCUUGCAAAUCCAUUUGUAGCAAUGAAAUCUUUCCUUUAUGACUUUAUUAACCUGCCAUAAAAUUGUGGAGGAAUUUUGUCUUGUUCUUCACAAGACCUUUUAAUUUGUUAUUGUUCUUGGACAUUUAUCCAUGUAGUGCCCUCAUAAGGUCCUACUGCAGCUUUUGUUACGUUGAGGUCUAGGCUUAGACCUCAUCAUAGGGCAACGCAGAUUAUUUUUUUCGGCGAUUUCUUUUUUAGCUGAUUUGCUGUUUUGGGGACAUUUAUUUCCAUUACGCGACCCAGUUGCAAACAAGUUUCACUAUCAUUAAAAGUUUGUGGUAAAAGACAAACUUCAGGACAUUCUGGUACACAGGGGACUUAAGGGUUGCCUCAUUGGCUAAAACAGCUACCCAAGUCUUGUGACUGCAAAACAAGCCCCAACCAUCACCCUUCUACCUCUGUGCUCCAUAGUUGGCACGUGGUGUUUCUUCUGAUUUUUUGGCACAGAUUUUCUCAACUUUGGUGUGGUGCAUUCUGACAAAAGCUUUAGUUGUUCAUGCUUCCGUGUUAGACAAAAGAGACUUUCUCCUUAAAACUCUUCCUACAAAAGUCCCCUGCUCAGUCUUUUCCAGUGGUGCCUUUGGGGAUUUGAACAUUUAACACGGUAACUGAAUCGUGCUCGUACGAGGUCUCUGCGAUGAUGAGUUUGCAUUUAUCUGAAUCUAAACUUAAACAUUUGCACCUAAGAAAAUCUGAGAAGUACAAUAAAUCUUUCUUAAUGUUAAAUAAUCUUUUCACCAUAAUGCUCCAGCCAACUUAAAAGCUACAAUAUAAAACAGCAACAGCUGCUUCUUUAAUAAUACUGUUGAAUGUCUACGUAUCGUCAUUCAGGAGGUAACACACAUGUGACUGCUCUAGAGCUACACACCAUUCCAAAAGUCAAAUACUGCAAAAGCCUGGUGAAUAUCAGGUCAGUUAGGUGGGAUGAAGUAGGGGCAUACCUAAUAUUGACACGUCUUUCUGGCUUCAUUUGAAUGAAAUGCAUAAUGUCAUGGGGAAGUUAAAACUCACUUCAAUAAGACGACUCUAGAAAACGCAGACAAAACUAUUGGAUAAAUGAAAAAGGAUCUGACUUUUGCACAACUGUGAAAAUAGGGUUGACGAGUUCUUAAUGUGUUCAGGAUGAACUAUUUAAAGACCUGAACUGUGACAAAGAAGCUGUGAUCUUUCUGUAGUUUCUAAACACGUGUAAAUCCACUGUUCAGCCAUGAAUCAAAGAUUUAUUGUUUCUGUUUUAUGAACCCCCAGCUGUUUUUUAUAGAGGAUUUAUUGUUUGUCAAUGCUUGCUGCAUUUUUUUUUUUUGGUCCGAACUAGAUAUAGCAUGUGUCCCUGAGGCUUAAACUGUCCUGCAGUUGAAGUUGAAGUUAUUCUCAAAUUUAAAAACAAACCCCACUCUCUUUUAACUUUAGAUGCAGUGAUGUACUAAAAAUGAUCUGGUCCUCAACAAUGACUCCAAAUAGAUCAAUACAGGCUAAAGUGAAGAACUACAAAUGAAUUCUUUACAUAUUUACACAAAUGUAGGACAAACACAGAAAAAAUGUAAGGAAAAACUAAGUAAACAAAAUAGUCCUUACAUAACCAGCUUUCACAGAGACACUAAUUGUUUCUGUGAAUGUCAUAUGUGAAAGCAAUCCAAACCAACUGAAGAUUUACCAUUUAUCACCAUUCUCAUCCCAUCCCAAUAAAAGAGACUGUCUUGGCGAGAUAGCAGCGUAAAUAAGCUUUUUAUGAUGGGCUUAGUGACAGCAGGGUGUUCAGGGACUGUCGCUGUCUAACAAAUUCACCACCAUGCUAAACAGGAGCACUGGUUGGCUGAAUUGCUUUAAGAAGCCAAAUCUAUAAGUCUAUUAAAAGUUUUUCCUAUGGAGACAGUCUCCAUCUAUCCUUUUGGUAUUUUGUGCUUUAGAGAUGGUUGAGAGUAUUCCAUCUGCUGAAAGUAAAGACCCUACUCCAUUCUACAAUGUUUUAAAUCAGAAACCAAGAGCUCUGUUGAAGUCGACUUCUGAAAGUCAAUAAGGUGCUACAAAACCUAUGUGAUGGCGGUUAUCUGCUUCUUUUCUGUAUAAUCAAUUGAAUUUACCUGAAUAAUCUCUGGGAAUGACCCCAUUGCUCAAAGAAAUACAGUUGAAAGAGUUUUCUUUAUUCUGAUGAAGUGCAGUCUUUCAUUCAGAGCAUUGACAGUGGAGCUUUCCGCAGAGUGCUUUUUACUUGCAGAGACAAACCAUGAAAAUAGGUCUAAUAUGUGUGCCUCCUUGGAACCUCAGCUUUGUUCCACAUGGUGCCCCCCCACCAAAGCAAACUUAUGUGGCACUAGCGCCGUUAGAUUGAGUGGAGGCCUGUGUUUGAGGGCCGUUCCACAUUCUUUGCAAACUUGCCAAAUUCCAUUUUGUCUGGAGUUCACUGCCAGCCAAAGACAGGAAGCAAGCGAAAGCGCGAGGGCAUGAAAAGAACAAUGACUCAGUGAGUGUGAGAGACUGCAUCACAAAAACACAACGGCCCCGCUCUCAUCAGCCGGGGCCCGAGUACCCCAGCCAAGUCUGACAGUUCAUCUCUGAGCAUCAGAGCAUGAUGGGAAAAUACCAGUGUCCCAGAGCGGGCAAAUGUGUGUCUGCUCUGACCAGACCUUGUUUUCACUGCAAAUGCCCUUCAACUCACUUGGCCCUAAAAUAGGUUAUUGGAAAAUGUUAAUCCUUUCUGUGUCAGCCUCAAAAAAACCAAUUAUGUCAUUUAUGAGGCCGGACGCUUAACACCUCCUCUUAGAAGACAAUUCUUUUGAUAAUCUAAUAACCUGAUAUUUAUAACACCAAUACUAUUUAGGAGAAAGAUCUGAACACGUUUAGUGUUCAGUGGUUGUAGUUGCAGGAUAUUAAUACUUUGGACCUAAUGAUUAAACAUUUUGAUCAGAGAGAAGAAAAGGGAGACCAACCUUUUAAGAGUUCUUGCUCUGAUUUAACCUCAGAAACGAUGUUUAUCUUUGGAAACAAAAGAAGAGCUGAGUUUUUCAAUUUUUUUCAGAGUAGAUUUUUCUGUUACAUUGGACUACAUACUUCAUAGUUUCAUUCAAUUUAACUUAAUUUGUCCCUUUUCCUUAAAAGCCAAAUCCCACUAUACCGUCCAUUUCUACAAGUAAAUUGUAAAAAAAUACAGCACAAAAUAGAAGCAGUUGAAGAAAACUAAAAUAUUUAAGAAAAAAUUGGAUCUAAUAUGCAAUGACUUUUGCAACCUAUAUUGUCUGUAAAGAUUUUGUAAGAAAGAAAGUGUUAGAAUAGGUUCUUUAUGACCAAUGCCUCACUCUGAACUGUGGAUGUAUUGUAUGCAGAUGUUCAAGUCCAAAGCUGUGUUUCCAUUGAGCUGAACAGUUCAGUGCAGGUCACAACAGUAAUCCCUGACAGAGCAGACAGAUGUGUAAGCAGAUGUGUAAUACAAAUUUAUAUAACAGUGACAUCUAUUAUUCAAGUUAAAAGUGAUGACUGGAUAAACGAAGGCUAAGGCAGUAUCUUUAGAACAGAAUCAUGUUUUUCUUCUUCAUGUGUGGCUUUCAAAGAUAUUUUAAAGAUUCCGGUUUAGUCAGGAUACAGCUAUACAGAACAGACUGGGUUUUUGGGUUUUCUUGCAUGGAUGUCAACCAUUAAACAGUCAGUGGUAUUGAUCUUUUUUACCCUGAGGGUUGUUUGUCACUGGACUGUCAUUGGAGGAUUCAGAUUCAUGAACAGCGUUUAGUAGAAAUGCACUGAUAAAUCAGCCAGGCACCGGGAUCAAUAUCUGCCCCGCAUGACCGACCCUGACUGGUGACCUGCUGAUCUAAGCCUUAAAUUCACUAUCCGUUUAGAAUAGUUCCCUUCCUGCUAGCAUUUAUGUCUAUCUUUGGAAUUCAAACCUUCAUACAUUUUCUUUUUUAUAGAAAAAAGAUGGUUGACAUUUGUAAGAAUCCAUGCUGUGGAGAUUUUUACAUUAAGAAAAGCAGAAUAAUCAAAAAUUGGUAUUGAUGGAUCAGACUAUUUAGACAUCAAUAAAAUGGAACCACAACAAAAAAAAUGAGGUGCACAGUUUUGGAGCUGGUUCCAGCAGUUUAGACAUUCUUUGUCUAAACUGUCAGAAAUGUGAGGAAACCUUACAAGGUAGAGGAAACUUGCAAAAUGUUUGUCUCAGUGGUGACAAAAACAAGAAUCAGACGUUUGCUAGAUGUAAAUAUCAAAUGACUCUACUGUGUAUAUCGUAGAAUAAGUGAAGUGGAUACAUGCAUCAUAAGACUUGUCUUGGUAAGUUAGCGGAAAAGUACCAAAAAGAUAAACUAACAAAUUAACUAUUUAUUUUACAACUUCUAAAAGUGAAAACCCCAACAAUGUUCUGAACUUUAAAACUUGGUGGAAACAUGGCUAAAGACUGAUAGUUACAGACUCUGCAACAACUGUAAUUUUCUAGGUGUUUUCUUUUCUUUUCAAAGUUUGGAAUAUGUAAACUCCACUGUAAUCAGAAAAUGGAUUAUUGCUGUGUAUUCAAACAUGUAUUCAAGCUUAGUUUGUGCACCGAAUAAACUGUCCCUCCUGUGUAGAAAAAAUCCUAGAAUUCAGUGAAAUUGUGAGAAAUCAAAGUGCAUUGUUUUUCAUGAAGAGAUACAACUCUUGCAAGAAUGUGAUUUGAACAUGUCCAUGUUAUUUAGCAUGUUUUAUCACUUAUACCUCAGAUGUUGGAAUGGUAGCUGUGGUUCCAGAGUCAAGACCGGGAGCUGCAACUGCACUGGUUUUCCUGUCCUUUCUGGAUAUUUUAUUUAUUCUCUCGUUCUUGCAUUACUUGACAUUCCGAGAGUUUAACACAUAAAACCACAGUGUCCUGCUUCAUGCCUUCAGGCUUUAUGUCCAGAUGUCAAGGUCAACGGUCUGUUGAUUCCUUGAUAGGUAAGAAUCUUCUAAGAACAGCCUUGAUUUUAACCCGAUCAUUUCUUACACCCCCAUUCCGAUAUCUGGCAUUAGCAGCCAUGCUAAAUGUUCUGCCAAUUGGAGGGUGUGAGGCUCAUUGAGCCAAUGAUGCAACACUUCCUGAGAUACAGACAUUCUUGUGGGUAGUAAGGUCUCAAAUGAAAGCCAAUGAACUGCUGUGGCAGAUGGGUUAUUAGGUAAACAUGAAGAGUCCCAGGAACACCUCUGGAGACAAAAUGUAAUUAUCCUCCUAAAAACCUGAAUUCUAAAUAAGUGACAGUAAAGCAUUGUCUUGGUAAGAUGAGAAAGUUCGACCCAAACACGCCUCUCGUUUGUUGCUUUGGGCCCAUAUUUGAUGGAUGGUGUUGGCGUUAAGAGGGGGUAGUUGCUCUUUUAAAUCCGCUCUGGAAUUCAUGCAUCUACCAGACGUGGAUAGAGGUUGGAUUUUGUUUGGGCCACAUUAAAGCUAGUCUAGACACUUGGCUCAUGCAAUCCAUCCCGAAACAAAAUUAGAACCAUGUCCUAGAACCAGGCUAAGUCUACUAAACAUUUUUAAAUGGGUUCAGCUAUGGAGGUGGAGCUACUGUAGAGCCAAAAAGAUGGUGGUUCGAUUCUUUAUUUGAAAACAUUGGGGUACACUUGAAUGAAUGUUAAAAAUAGACCUUUGGGGACAAAAUAGAAAUAUCUUGCAACUGCAUGUUAUGGUUAUGGUUAAGUAGGGUUGAUUGGUCAAACAGAUCAUUUGAAAAGUGCUGAAACCCCCAAAUUUCCAGCUUAUGCCAAAACAGGAAAGUAAGUAUGCCAUAUUUAGACCCAAUUGUGCAAACUGCAGUUUCUUGGUCUUUGUAUGGACCUUUCUGUAAUAUCUCACAAUGCUCGAGCAAGGCAUGGUGUGCCACUUUUAGAACUUAAAAGCCUUAGAAGAUUAACAGUUCCAUUUGGAAAACUGUUUUCUGCAAAAUUUUGAAAGUUGUAAGAUCUAUGCAGACUAAUCAAUGUAUUGUUGUAUAUUCUGUCUAUGGAAUGAUGUCAAAUCUUAUAAUUUUCUUUCACUUUCCUUUUGUUGGUCUUCUGCUUUGUAGUACAUCAUGUGGAUUGUGUCCUGUCAUGAUUAAAUGAAAGAAAUCCUCUCAUGAACCAGUACCUCGUUUCUGUUUUCUUCAGAGAAGAGUCCUAACACCUGGCGGCUGUGUACAAGGGUUGAUGCAGUUACUUCAAGAUGAAGAUCGAUACCAGUUUGACUAUGCCCCUGCUCCCAGAGGCCCUGUCCCAAGCCGGCCUCCAGUUUUCUGUAGCCACCGAAGAAGACUUUGAUGAAAUCAUGGGAAUGAGCAAAGAUAUCUAUGGUGGCCUCGACUACCUUCCUACUAGAUACACCAGCUGGAUGCAGGAGUCUAAUCGUACAGUCAUCCUGGCCCGUAAAGAGGGGAAAGUGAUUGCUCUGGAGUCGGUGGUCGUGAUUGAUGAUGGCGAGACCAUGCUGGUGGAAGGCCUGCGCGUUGCUCCUCAGGAAAGGGGGAAGGGGGUGGCGGGAGUCCUGCUGCGCUUUUGCUCCGAGCUGAUCAAAGCCAAAUACCCGGAUGUCAAAGUGUGCCGUCUGACCCGCGAUGACCAGCUCAGGCCCAAAGACUUCGAGAAAUACCGCAUCAUAACCAAACAGGGCAUUCUGCUGGUGCGCUUCCGAGCUGAAGAACUCAAACUGCGUCUGUCUGAGCUUGGUUUGAGUGGAGGUAUCCACUCCUCUCUUUGGCCCACCACCUCCAACGCCGGCCCUGUGCAUCUUAACCACACCACCGUUGACCAGCUCUACUUAACCACUGACCUGAUGAAGGGGCUCCUUCCCAACGGCACCAUCAUCCAAGACUGGCAGCCUUUCAAGAUUCUGCGCAGCAACCUGGACAUCCUGUUUAAGAAAGACAUCGACUGGUUGGUGGAUGAUGAGUCCAACCCUACAGUGGCCAGUCUCUGUACCUUUCCUUUCCCAGUGCCGAUUGGAGAAGACUGGUAUUACCUGAACAUCGACAUGUUUGGAAAAGACCUGAACUUGGCCCGGCAACAGUUCCUCUACCACCUGCAGCGUCACACCAGCACCUUGAAGGGCCACGUGAUGUGCCAAAUGUUCCUGGACCCGCCCCUCUGGAAGCCCAUGGCCGACUUCUGCCGCAAUGCCCUGAAGGUUGAGCGGGUGAAGGAGUACAGGGAGCAGUGCGUGGUGGAGGCAGAUGUCAUCUAGUGGAAGUGGGGGGAGGGGAAAGGGCCACAAGGAAGCCAAUAGCAUUCAGCUGAAAAAAGAAGAAAAAACGCAACCCUCUUCAUUGAGGAGAUAGAAACUAAGCAAAGUCAAUAUUUUUACAAAGCAAAACUAGUACGAAUGCAGUAGUUUUUUAAAAAGUUCAAACAUGCAUAAUGAGAACAUUUAAUGUCAUCGACUUCAUUAGAUUUGGGGUUUUCCGAAACCACACCUUGCAUGAAAGUCCCUGCAUGAGAAUUUAGCUUUAACACGACAGAUUCCUUCAAAACAGCAUCAGUGUUAACACGAGGGCCAACGGUUGAGAAAAGAAAACAACAACAAAGGCUCCAACGACCUCAAAAUUAUAGGAUUUCAUUUGAGUUUGGCAUUAUGUGAACACUAUGGAGGGUUUUGUUGCAUUUUAGCUGCAAAAGCUUUGAGUAGAACGCCUAGCUCGUUAAAAAAAAGCCUCUACAACAGCUGUAGACCUAACCUAAAAACAGUUCAAACCUACAAAUGCUCUUCCUUUAAAAAAAAAAAAAAAAGAAACAAAAAAAGAACACGGAUGCGUUCCUUUGCAGUGUUUCAAACCUCACUGUUCUGUUCUUUCUGUAAAUACUGACACAUGUACAGAAGCUGAGUUGGACAACGUAAUCUGCACAGCUCUAAAGGCACUUUAUUAAAACGACAGAUAGGUUGCAUCUAUCUUAGCAAGUGAAACGCUUCAUUUUAGUUAUCAUCUUCUUAGUAAUAUUAACGAGUGUUCACAAAAAUAUGACAAAUAUUUGAGGAUUUCUUGUCUGUUAAAACCACACCUAUGUGUUUUUUAGUUUGAAAGCGUUGUAAAAUAAGCUGUAUAUUACUAAUUUAAUAUUUUCUCUGAAACGCUGCAAUAAAAAUACUUCUUGUGCUGCAGGUAAGAUCUAGGCUUAUAUCUGUAGAUCCCUACAUCAUGGGAAAAGCAAGGUCACAAUCUUUAACAUAUGCUCUUUUCACUGAUUUCAUUUGAAAUAGAAACAGCUAGAACACUAUAUGCAGUAGGCGUCCUCAGGGCACUUCAUUACAACCACACAAAGCUAGGCUUAAGCACUGAUGCAGUUUUAAUUUCAUGCUUUUUAACUACUUCUUAGAGGAUCUAAAAUUGUUUCCCGUCUUCUGAUGAGCUGUAAAAUACACAUUUCUUAUUGGCAUGUGACCCAAAACCCAGGAUGCCCUGCUGGCUGGGCAUCCUCUUCUGGAUCCUUCGAGUGGAUGGAUGAAGAUUGGGUUCCUUCAACAAAAAGCAUUGCUGUUAAUCAGAACAACAGGGAACUGUCCUUUUGCUCAUAUUGUUACCUGCUUACAGGUGGGGACAGCUCCAUUCCUGUGUCACUCUAAAAAUGGCCAUCCAUUUGACUAUCCGAUAGAGUUAGUCUCCUUCAGAGCUUGAUUGUAAAUUUUAACUAUGAAAAGAGCCGAGGUUGUUAAACAUCUAGAAUUCCACUGUGGGACCUUUCUAGGAUGUUGCGUCCAACCUGGAGAGAUUAUGUCCCUCAGCUUUCCUGGGAACGUCUCAGGAUCCUCCCAGAAGAGAUGGUCAGGGAGAUGUUGGUACUUUGGCCAAGACAGUUGCCACUCUGACCUGCAGCUGUGUACUGCUGAUAAACAGAAGACUGUCAGACGUUUUAUUAUGUGGGUCAAACCGAGGCAUUGACCAGGACAGUGAACAGGAACUGGUAGGAUCCUCUUUCAUUUUUUUGGGGUUUUUUCAUGCACGCAUGCCCAAACCAGGGCUUUUCUGUUCUAGAUAUUUCUGCACGCCUUGCCAUGGAAGACUUCUUCAAAUGCACAAACAUAAAAAGUUAAAAGUUUGGUUUUAAAUUAGGUGGCACAUUCCAAAUUGUGAAUGCUCUCUAUUAAAGUUGUAUCCACAGAGCUAAAGCGUGUUUUAGCACCCAGAAAGUCAAAGUUGGCUGAUGUGAUUGUGACCUUUAAAGGGUUUGUCAUCUAGCCGAUUGUUGUUUUUCUGUUUUUUUUUUAAAUUAAUCUUUAUUGUUUCUUGCUGCCUGUUAAGGGGCAUGUAACAUUUUUUUUAUCUGAACUUUUACUCUUAAAGUUAAACCCAAAUCUUUACUAAAUUGAAUGAGUCACCUGUCUGGUUCAAAACUCUUAGAAAGACAUUGUAUUUCAAAAACCAUCCUCUUUCUUCUUUAAGCCCACAUCUGCCACAGCCAUUCAAGAAGUCAUCCAUCACGAGGCUCAUUAAAGCUGCGUCAGUGCUCCUACUGUGUACGUUAGAGAUUGGAAGUCAAAAAUCAUUGUAACCGUUAGAAAUGAUUGUUAAAAAGACUUUCCAUCCAACACCUCAUUGUCGUCGAAUCAGUUUUCUGGCGAGUCCGGUCAAGCUAGGAUCGUGCAGUGCCUUGUGACGGUAUUCUCUAUUUUUUGACAGUUUCACAGCUCUUUACAUUUCCUAUGUGCCGAACACUUUACUUUGUUCAGAUGAGAUGCAGCUAUUCCUCGCGGUUAUUCUCAGCUGGUACAAGCGUCUCAGAGUAAUUCCAGAUCUGUGUUUAGGGGGGAAACUGCAGAGCAUCUAGGCUAAUUUGGAUCAAAUUUAGCACACAACAAAACAUGUUGAAACUAUCAAAAGUCAGGCUUGUCCAACUCUGAGAAGCAUGGUUUAUUUGCAGCGAUGUGAACACAUAAACAUGGAUUUGAAAAAUCCAGUUUUAGUCGGACCGCUAGUACAAGGUGCCGUAGAGCUUCUUGAAUAACCUUGUGUUCUACUUAGCCAAUCCGACCGGGUUACGCAAACGCCAAGACGUCGGUCUUCACGAUGAACAUGUCGGCAUGGCGACAGUGUGUUGCUUAAGACUCGAUAACAAUGUCAGGUCCUGCUAGUGUCGUUUCAGAUCUGAAGCUUUUACAGGCAGCCAUGUUUUCAGCUUCGUAGCCAUCUUAGCAUGUUAGCAGCCUUUUGUUAGCAUGUAGCAAAUACCGCAACACUUUACAUUCUUGAAUCUGUAGUGAUGAUUUGCCAUGUAAAUGAUCAUACAGGGGUAGUCAGAGCCACACAGGAAUAUGUUUUGGACAUAUGACUCAGUUGGUGUAGAGGUAUUUUAGCUCCUUUUUUUGUGGUAUGCUAAUCGCAAAACUUUAAAGUCAAGACUCUUUUAGACAAAGGGAUUUAAAUUAUCAAGUGCACAUUCAUUAUUAGCUUAGUUUAGUUUGUCAGUAGUGUAAGAUAGUAGGUAACACUUUUAUUUAAAUUAGAACUUGCUGUUGAUUUUUUUGUAGCUAACAUGACCUUCUGAUUAAAGCUGGAUUGCUUAAAAAUGUCCGUUUUUACCAGAAGCUGAGGCUGUAUCAGUUUGAGAAGAUUGUUGUGUAAAAAAAAAAAACUACAAGAGAAACAAUGUUUAGUCAUUUUUGGUAUAUAUUUUAACUAACAGACGUCACCAUGAAAUUUACACAAGACAUUAACCUUUUGUAUUCAAAGUGCUGUGAAAAGUUUAUGUGUAAAAACCUAAAUAUAAGAGAAAUACAAUGUUUUGUGAUCCCGCUGA